GACGGAGGGGUUAUGCAUUGUGCUCAGUCUGUCAGUGCUGCAUCCUUUGAGGAGGAGAGGCCCACACACAUUAACCCUGAGCUGUGGACGUGCACGGAGAGGGUGCUUUCAGGACCGAGCUCUGAUCGUUUCCGUAGCCUUUCCUGGACAGCUGUGUCGCUCCUUUGUUGCCAUCAUCAGUCGCCGGGGCUGCAGGAGGAAAGACCGGAGGACUCGUCUCCUUAAAGCCCGAUCGCUCGGCGGCGGAAGGGACGUGAUAUGAACCCCUCGUCGGCUUAAACGCCAGUGCAGCUAAAUAGCCCCGUUUACAGGGGGAGGGGGGGAAGUCAACGGAGGAUCAGAGAGGACAUUUCUACCUUUUAACCUGCAGCUGAAGGCCGAGAGAAUACCCUCGGAACCUGUAGCGAUGCCCGGGUUUGAUUACAAGUUUCUGGAAAAGCCAAAGAGACGGUUCCAGUGUCCGCUCUGCAGCAAGGCGAUGCGGGAGCCGGUCCAAGUGUCUACCUGUGGACAUCGUUUCUGUGACACCUGUCUGCAAGAAUUUCUAAGGUGCAGGGUAAUAAAAAGAUCUGUUGUCAAUAAGAUGUUACUGGUUGGAGGGAUUAUCUGCCCUGCCACCUGCCGCUGUUGGUUGCAGAGGAGGUGAUGCAGAAAUGAGUGAGGGCGUUUUCAAGUGUCCGGAGGACCAGCUGCCAUUGGACUAUGCCAAGAUCUACCCAGACCCAGAGCUGGAACAGCAGAUCCUGGCGCUGCCCAUCCGCUGCAUCCACAGUGAGGAGGGCUGCCGCUGGACGGGCCAGAUGAAGCAGCUGCAGGGCCACUUUUCCACCUGCGCCUUCAAUGUGAUACCCUGCCCCAACCGCUGCUCUGUCAAGCUUACGCGCCGCGACUUGCCCGACCACCUGCAGCACGACUGCCCCAAGCGCAAGGUCAAGUGCGAGUUUUGUGGCAGCGAGUUCACCGGUGAAGCCUACGAGAACCACCAGGGUGUGUGUCCCCAGGAGAGUGUUUACUGUGAGAACAAAUGUGGGGCGAGGAUGAUGCGGCGACUGCUGUCCCAACACGGCCUGGCCGAGUGUCCCAAACGCACCCAGCCCUGCAAGUACUGCGGCAAGGAGUUUGUGUUUGACACAAUCCAGAACCACCAGUACCACUGCCCUCGGUUUCCUGUCCAGUGCCCAAACCAGUGCGGCACACCCAACAUCGCCCGAGAGGAUCUGGCUAACCAUGUGAAGGACAACUGCGGCAGCGCGCUCGUUCUCUGCCCCUUCAAAGACGCCGGCUGCAAACACAGGUGCCCCAAACUGGCUAUUGGUCGUCACCUGGAAGACACCACUAAGUCUCACUUGACUAUGAUGUGUAACCUGGUGGGGCGUCAGCGGCAAGAGAUCCUGGAGCUGCGGAGGGAGAUGGAGGAGCUGUCCGUCAGUCACGACGGUGUCCUCAUCUGGAAGCUCAGCGACUACUCCCGCAAACUCCAGGAGGCCAAGCUCCGGAGCAACCACGAGUUCUUUAGCCCGCCCUUCUACACUCACCGCUACGGCUACAAGCUGCAGGUGUCGGCGUUCCUGAACGGUAACGGCAGUGGCGAGGGCUCCCACCUCUCCGUCUACAUCCGCGUGUUGCCCGGAGAGUACGAUAGCCUGCUGGAGUGGCCCUUCUCCUACAAGGUGACUUUCUCCAUCAUGGACCAGAGCGACCCGUCGCUUUCCAAACCUCAGCACAUCACGGAGACCUUCAACCCCGACCCCAACUGGAAGAACUUCCAAAAACCCUGCAGCAGCCGCAACUCGCUGGACGAGAGCACCCUGGGCUUCGGCUACCCCAAGUUCAUCUCUCACGAGGAGAUUAAGAAGAGGAACUACAUCCGAGACAACUGCAUCUUCAUCAAGGCUUCGAUAGAGAUUCCACAGAAGAUUAUGGCUUAAAACACAACCUUUGUUUGCUUUUCAUAAAAGGAGAAAGAUUGGUUAAAGACUGGAAGUGACACUUAACCUUGAAAACUUCUACACACGUACCCUUUAGAAACUUUCUGCCCUCAGCCUCUCCACCACAGAGCUUGAAGCGAGUCUGUUUGUGUGUGAGCUGACUUGAAGGACCUUGAUUAUAUCACAGAGGAGAAAGUGUGUGGUCUGCAGAACCAUCACUCUCUGGUGUUUCUUUUAUCAUUUUUUUUUAUUUGUUUGUUGUCCUUUUAUCACAGUCUACAACAAAAAGCCUUGGAAAUCAAACAGUGCCUAGAGAGUUUAUCUUAAGUUAUAUUUUUGUUGUUAAUUCCACAGCACAGAUGUUAAAGAUUAUGGAAAAGAUAUUUGGAAAAAGGGGUGAAAGGCUUCGCUAAGCCUCU